CCGGGGCUGCCGUCCCGGGGCUCUGGGAACUGCUGCCGGCAAGGAGCCGGAGUGGGGCUGCUCUCCGAGGGAAGGCGAGCGGCUACAGCGCAUCCCGCGGCACCAGAAGCAGGGCAGCGAAACCACGGGCUGCCGGGGUCUGUCUCUCUCUCGGAGCGUCAGGCGAGGCGGGGUGAGGAGCCAGACCCUCCCAGGAUUCCCAACACCCGGCGUAGGGAUUUGGAUGGAGUCUCAGUAUCUGAAGCAAUGCCUGGGAAAUUGCUUGAAGAAAGGACUGGCAGAGGUUGUAGAACAUCGGCCAGCAGAUCCAAUAGAGUAUCUUGCACACUGGAUUUACAAAUACAGAAGAAACUUAGAUGAAGAGAAAAAGAGAAUACAGGAGAGAGCUGAGCUGGAACAAGAACGGGUGGCAGCCCGAGCAGAACUUGAAAGGUUAAAAAUCGAAGAGGAGCAGCGGAAACUUGAAGAACAACUUCAGGCUCAGUUGGAGAAAGAACAUGCAGAGUUGGAAGCACAGAAAAAAGAAGCUGAAAUGCAGUUUCAGCAGGAAGAUCAAGAGGAGAAUGAACAGACAAUAGCUGAAGUUACAGAUAGACCUGAGGAGCCAGAUGAGAGUGAACCGGGUCAAACAGACCUCCCAACAGUAAUAGAAGAAGAAGAGGAAGAGGAAGAAGAAGAAGAAGAAGAAGAAAAUUAGAACUGACCUGCGAGGACAUUGUAGCCAGCAUGGCUGACUUCCAGGAGGAAAACUGCAGCUGAAGUAAAAGCAGCAAAAAUAUUUUCUACUUAUUGCAUAUUGAAGUAAACAUAAUAAAUAAAAAUAUAACUAAAGUGUCGAUAUGAUUUGAGGAUAGAUGCUACAACAUGAUAAUUUGAAUCAAUAUUAAAAGAAUAAAAUAUUGCUGAAAAAUAUUUUCCAAGAAUUUGAAUGGUUUCCGACAGAAAAAGGGAAUGCUCUGCAGAUUAAAAGAUGGAGAGAGUACUCUGGACUUCAAACUUGGUGCAAAAAUCCAGUCAGAUUUCCCAAAUGUAUUUGAAAGAGGUAAAUUUAGCUCUGACUCAGUAUAUACUAGAAUAUCUUGUCUCCUAGAAGUCAUGAGGUGAUCUAGGCUUUAUUAUUGGAUAAAUAUAUUUAUUAUUAGAUCCUUUUUUGGGUAUUGUGUGGUAUUAGGUAAGCUGCAAGUGUCUGCGUAUUAGUCUUGAUUAGUCAAGUUUUUAAGACUUUUCUGCAUUUUUCUUGAAUUUGUAAAUCAAGAAAUUAAAUGUGUUCUCUACUAAAUACCAUCAUUAUUUCUAAAACUUCACUUCUAAAAAUUUAGAAGAAUGUUUAGUUUGAUCCAUGGUUAUCUAUAAAAAUAGUUUUAUAAUCCUUAAAGAUUGCAUUUUUAAAAGAACAGAUGUUUGUAAUCACUGGUAUCUUGGUAUAGGUUGUCAGGAAUGUUCUGUGUCUCUGUUAUAAAUGGAAAAAACAUCCACAUCAAGAAAUCCUGCUGUUCUUCAAUAAAAUGUGCAUUUGCAUCUCUGUCUUCUACCACAGGUUAGAUGGUCAUGGUCAAUAUUGGGUAAUGAAAAUAGUUUUCAUUAGAAAAUCAGUACAUAGUUAAUGCAUUCACUGCAUUCUUCAGUGUUGGGAUGAAAGAGAUUUUUCUGAUAAUUUCACUUCAAUUUUUUAAUAGUAUCGCUGAGUCUAAGGCGUUUGCUAUCCUUGGCAAGCUGUCAAAAAUAUCUGUACACCCAACAGACAAGGGUCAAUCGCAUAUUAAAUGUUUUCCUGCUCCAAAUAACUUGUUUUGAUCAUGUAGAUCAAACUAAGAAUAAUCUUACAAAAUUUUAAAAACAUGCCACUAUUGAUUUUUCUAUAUAUUAAUAUAGUAUUUUUUCCCUUAAAAUAUCUCUAUUUAAAAAAUCCUGUGCCCAUCUUAUUGCUACACUGCUUUUUGAAUGCUGUUAAUAACCAAGUCUUAUAUGAGCAUCCUUAAAGUCAUUUACCAGGUAUAAAUACUUAGAAAUGUUUGUGUAACUUUUGGAGUCAUGAAAAGUGGAACUAUUUUUUUGUGUCCAAGUGGUCAGGCUUUGAUAUCUACAAUAAUUCUGAUUGGUUUGCAGUUUCUAUGAUAGUCAAAACCUUUCCUGUGGCAUGAAUGGACCCUUGUGGUUGAUGUUCCAGUAAACAGAUUUUGACAGAGUUUACAAUUAUAUGUUAGUAACAGUUACAAUAGAAUCAUUCGAGGACACACUUUGAUACCACAGUUCUGAUUGCACCUGUUAACACUGCAUACACAGCAGCCUCUUGUGCCAAUCUCAAAGGGAUGGAGUUUGUCUUUUAAACAAUAUUUAUAACUGAUUUUUAAUAUUUAGAUUAACACUUUCAAAAAUUGAUAACUCAUGUUCAUUUACACUUAAUGUCCAGUCAUGUUGACCAUGAAAAUUGCAACCUUCAUACAGCCUUCAAAAUGUAAGACACUAUUUUAAAACAUGCUAGAAAUUAAUUCUGAUGACAUGUUGCUUUCAAUUUUUUAUCGUUUCAUACUGUUUGUAUCUUUGUUUGAUUUUGUUAUAUGUGUGUCCACUAGAGUGCAUCCUAAAUAAGCACACUGGGAGCUCUGUCAAUUACAGCCCAUGAAAACUACAA